GAGGGACUGGGCCCCCCUUCCUUCUUGCGUGGCAGCUGUGUCACAUGUGCUCUGUGGCAUGGCUUUGGCUUUGACUACCGUUUGCCUUGAAGAUGAGCUGGCAGCGAUGCCUGCACCAUGGCGUGACCGAGUGCAGCACCAUGCUCGGCGCUUUCACGAGAAGGAUGCCACAACGGUCCUUAAUCGCUACGAGCAGCAGAGGAGAAUCAUGAGCCGGCCGCAGCUCGAAAGGCAUGCCUUUCAUGUGGCAUCCUGGCUGGUGCAUCCAGAGGUGAGAAGAAGCCAUGGCGAUUCCGUGGAGGCACUGCUGUGCAGGUACUUGGAGUCGUUGGAUGGGCAGCCACUUUGCGAGCGCCUGAAAGUGGUUCUGUCACUUGUCUCGGCAAGUUCGGGAGUUGCAGGGCUCUCGGGGUCGCUGGGCGAAGGGCAGAAGAGAAGGGCGGAGAUGAUGCAGGCAGACGAGCUGGAAAAGCCGGAUUCCAGCAAGCCAGUUGAUGCCUGCAAGGACAAGGCUGUGCGCCUGAUGCAGAAGGCCAGCCAAACGUGGCAGAACCAGCCGUCCGAGUGCCGGGAAGCGUACGUGGAGUCUCUGGAGCAGGAGAUGCAAGAGACCGACGGAGCUGAGAACUCGGCCAAGCUGCGCAUGGUCCUGUGCCGAGCCGUAGCUGCGCUUUCCCCGCCACGGCGUUUGGGUGAUGGAUGCGAGGGUAAGAUGAUGGCAUCUAUCCCAUCCAACGAUGAGUGGACGCUGGCCACCAACCUGCAAUCCCGACUUCGCAAAAUCGUGCUCCGCUGCCUGGAUCGAGUGGACCUGGCAGAUUUGCGCGUUGCGCCGGUGCUGCAAUGCUUGCAGUCACUGCUCCAAAGGUUUCAGGAGCUUGUCACCGGUCAAAGCAGGAUCGCUUGCAAGAAGCAAUGGGCUCGGCUUCAAGCCAAGUGUGCGAGCACUGUGCCACCCGAAGCAGCAGCAAGCUUGUCAGCAUGUGCAAAGGGAGCCGAAGAUUGUGCUGGCAUUGCCAAGCGCAAGUCAUCAGCAUCAUGCCCCCAUGGCAAGCUGAGACGAAGCUGCGCUCAAUGCAGCGGCUGCCCGCACGGAAUUGUCAAGCGCAACUGCUCGGAAUGCGCAUCCUGUCCACAUGGCAAGGUCAAGUAUGAUUGUACGCAAUGCACUGGAUGUCCGCACGGUAAGCGCAAAAGGCACUGCCUGCAGUGUGGCGCAUGCGCGCACGGAAAGGUCAAGCAAAACUGCAUAGAAUGCAGCGCAUGCCCGCACGGAAAAAUCACACGCAACUGCUUGCAGUGCUGCGGAUGCCCACAUGGCAAGCUCAAGCAGAAUUGCUUGCAGUGCAGCGCAUGCCCACAUGGCAAGAUCAAGACCAGCUGCGUGCAGUGCAGCGCAUGCCCGCACGGCAAGCUGAAGAGGAACUGUCGUAUGUGUGCCGAAGCAAGGGGAAUAGAGAACUGCGCGCCGCCAAGCUAGAUUUUCAAUUGUUUGGCUGUUGCAAAGUAGGCUGGGUCGAGGUGAUCCAGCUUUUGGUGACUGAAGAGAUUGGGCGGCUAGUCAUUUCCUGAUGGGCGCAAAGGCGGAUGCGGUUCUGAAGAAUUCUUCUUGGCUUCGGACUCGUCGUUGGCGCCGAAGGUGCGC